CUCUCACUGUAGGAAAUGAAGGCCAUAGUGAUAACAGAACCGGGAGGACCUGAAGUAUUGCAACUUCAAGAAGUCGAAGACCCUCAAAUCAAAGACGAUGAAGUGUUAAUCAAGGUGGAAGCCACGGCCCUGAACCAUGCCGACAUCUAUCAGCGUCAGGGUUCGUACCUGCCACCCAAAGGCGCCAGUCCAUACCCUGGUCUCGAGUGCUCAGGCACCAUUAUUUCUGUCGGCAAGAACGUCUCCCGAUGGAAAGUCGGUGAUGAGGUUUGUGCCCUUCUGAGUGGAGGUGGGUAUGCUGAGAAAGUGGCCGCGCCGGCUGGGCAGGUGAUUCUGGCUCCGGCUGGUGUGGCUUUGAAGGACGCUGCUGCUUUUCCUGAAGUGGCAUGUACUGUUUGGUCCACUGUUUUCAUGACCAGUCGGCUCUCUGCAGGGGAGACGUUCUUGGUUCAUGGGGGCUCUAGUGGAAUUGGAACAUUUGCGAUUCAGAUUGCUAAAUACUAUGGGGUGAAGGUCUUUGUAACAGCAGGUAAUGAGGAAAAAUUGGAAUUUUGUAAAAAUCUUGGAGCUGAUGUGUGCAUCAAUUACAAGACAGAGGACUUUGUUGCUAGGGUAAAGGAAGAAACGGGUGGAAAAGGUGUUGAUGUUAUCUUGGAUUCUAUUGGAGCAUCCUACUUUAAAAGAAACAUUGAUAGCUUGAAUCUCGAUGGAAGGCUUUUUCUACUCGGAUUCAUGGAGGGAUCCGUUGUAGAAGUAGAUCUCAAGUCUUUGUUUGCUAAGCGUGGCACAGUGCAAGCUGCUGGUUUGCGAUCCAGAAGUCCAGAAAACAAAGCAGUAAUUGUCAGCAAUGUGGAGAAGAAUGUCUGGCCUGCCAUAACAGCAGGGAACGUAAGACCUGUGAUAGACAAGUAUUUUCCAUUAUCUGAAGCAGCUGAGGCACACAGGCUCAUGGAAAGUAGCAAGCACAUUGGGAAGAUAGUGCUUCUUGCAUGAUGAUUUUACUGAUCUUUGUACUUAAGUGGAUGACAUGGUUUUAGACUCAUUUGGUAGCAUUCCUUCGUAAGAGGCAAUACUUGUCUUGUCCCAUGACUUAUGGAACAUUCUGUUCUAUGUUAAAUAAUAAAGCACAUAUAUUAUUGGAGAGAAACCAUGGUA